CGCGUAUCCUCCCUUUCCACAAUGUUGGAUGGAUGGAAGGAAAUGAUAUUGCCUAUUCACAUAGCCUACAUAGUGUCAACGCAAGCUGUUUGCAAAUGACUUAGAUGCUCUGUAGCCCAUGCGAGGGGUCGUUUCAGAAGGGCGAAAUCUGACGCCGCCAUAUUUUGAUGGUGUGGUAGUGGCCGCUCCCAUUUUAGCAGCAGUCAAGAUGGUGGCGCUGUCGCUGAAGAUUUGUGUGCGGCAGUGCAAUGUGGUCAAGACCAUGCAGUUUGAGCCCUCCACUCCAAUUUACGACGCAUGUCGGAUUAUCAGAGAGAGAGUUCCAGAAGCCCAAACCGGACAAGCAUCAGAUUAUGGGCUGUUCCUGUCCGAUGAUGACCCUAGAAAAGGAAUCUGGUUGGAAUCCGGACGCACCCUCGAUUACUACAUGCUGCGGAAUGGGGAUGUCUUGGAGUACAAGAAGAAACAAAGACCUCAAAAGAUCAAAAUGCUGGAUGGGGCCAUUAAAACCAUCAUGGUUGAUGACUCCAAGACCGUAGGCGAGCUGUUGGUCACCAUUUGCAGUAGGAUAGGAAUAACUAACUAUGAGGAGUACUCGCUGAUCCAGGAGCAGGUGGAGGAGAAGAGAGAGGAUGGGACGGGGACGCUGAAGAAAGACCGAACUCUCCUCAGAGACGAGAGGAAGAUGGAGAAGCUAAAAGCCAAACUUCACACAGAUGAUGACUUAAAUUGGCUGGAUCAUAGUCGGACGUUUCGUGAGCAGGGCGUAGAGGAGAGCGAGAUACUACUUCUCAGAAGGAAGUUCUUCUACUCCGACCAGAACGUGGACUCACGUGACCCCGUUCAGCUCAACCUCCUCUACGUGCAGGCGAGAGAUGACAUUCUCAACGGUUCCCACCCGGUGUCCUUUGACAAGGCCUGCGAGUUUGCUGGAAUUCAGGCACAGAUCCAGUUCGGUCCCCACGUGGAGCACAAACACAAGCAGGGAUUUCUAGACCUGAAGGAGUUCCUACCAAAAGAAUAUAUCAAACAGAGAGGGGCCGAGAAGAGAGUUUUUCAGGAGCACAAAAGCUGCGGUGAGAUGAUGGAGAUUGAGGCGAAGGUGAAAUACGUAAAGCUUGCCCGCUCCCUGCGCACAUACGGGGUGUCGUUCUUCCUGGUGAAGGAGAAGAUGAAAAGCAAGAAUAAGUUGGUCCCGCGUCUUUUGGGCAUUACCAAAGAGUCAGUGAUGCGUGUGGAGGAGAAGACCAAAGAGGUGGUGCAGGAGUGGCCUCUCACCACAGUGAAGAGGUGGGCAGCGUCCCCCAAGAGCUUUACACUGGACUUCGGUGAGUACCAGGAAAGCUAUUACUCUGUUCAAACCACAGAGGGGGAACAGAUCUCUCAGCUCAUCGCUGGAUACAUCGACAUCAUCCUUAAGAAAAAACAGAGUAAAGAUCGGUUUGGUUUGGACGGUGAUGAGGAAGCCACUAUGCUGGAGGAAUCCGUAUCCCCAAAAAAGUCCACCAUCCUCCAGCAGCAGUUUAACCGGGUCGGUCGGGUCGAGCACGGGUCCGUGGCUCUGCCCGGCAUUAUGCGAUCAGGGUCAAUUGGAGGCCCCGACACAUUUAACAUGGGCAGCAUGCCCUCGGCUCAGCAACAGAUCACCACGGGACAGAUGCACAGAGGACACAUGCCCCCUCUGAGUCUGGCCCAGCAAGCGCUAAUGGGAACCAUCAACACCAGUAUGCAGGCUGUCCAGCAGGCACAAGCUGACCUGGGAGAGGUUGAUAAUCUGCCACCACUUGGACAGGACAUGGCAUCUAGAGUGUGGGUCCAGAACAAGGUGGAUGAAUCCAAACAUGAGAUCCACUCCCAGGUGGACGCCAUAACAGCCGGUACAGCGUCUGUGGUCAACCUCACUGCCGGUGACCCCACGUACACAGACUACACCGCCGUGGGCUGCGCCAUCACCACCAUUUCAUCCAACCUGACCGAGAUGUCCAAAGGAGUGAAGCUCCUGGCAGCCCUCAUGGAUGAUGAGGUGGGCAGCGGUCAGAACCUCAUGGGAGCCGCCCGGACCCUUACAGGAGCCGUGUCUGAUUUGUUAAGAGCAGUGGAACCAGCUUCUGGAGAGCCCAGACAGACGGUGUUGACUGCGGCGGGCAGCAUCGGCCAGGCCAGCGGAGACCUCCUGAAACAGAUAGGAGAAGGUGAAACGGAUGAAAGAUUUCAGGACAUUAUGAUGAACCUGGCCAAAGCCGUAGCUAAUGCCGCUGCCAUGCUGGUGCUGAAGGCCAAGAACGUGGCACAGGUGGCCGAGGACACUGCGCUCCAGAACCGGGUCAUCACCGCCGCCACGCAGUGCGCGCUGUCCACGUCACAGCUGGUGGCCUGCACGAAGGUGGUGAGCCCUACCAUCUCCUCCCCGGUCUGUCAGGAGCAGCUGGUGGAGGCCGGGCGUCUGGUGGAGCGUUCGGUGGAGGGGUGUGUAAAAGCAUGCCACGCUGCCUCUGAGGAAGGCGAGCUGCUCCGACAGGUGAACAUGGCGGCUGGCGCUGUCAGCCAGGCCCUCAGCGACCUUCUCCAGCACGUGCGGCACUACGCCAGUUGUGGGGAACCGAUCGGACGCUACGACCAGGCCACUGACACCAUCAUGACAGUAACGGAGAGUAUUUUCACAUCGAUGGGGGAUGCAGGUGAGAUGGUACGGCAGGCGAGGGUUCUAGCCCAGGCCACCUCUGACCUGGUGAAUGCGAUGCGCUCCGAUGCCGAAGCUGAAAUCGAUGUGGAUAAUUCUAAGAAACUUCUGGCGGCUGCCAAGCUGUUGGCCGAUGCCACUGCCAGAAUGGUGGAGGCUGCAAAGGGAGCCGCCGCAUACCCGGAGAAUGAAGACCAGCAGCAGAGGUUGCGCGAGGCUGCUGAAGGGCUGCGAGUCGCCACCAACGCAGCUGCUCAGAACGCCAUCAAAAAGAAGCUCAUUCACCGGCUGGAGAAUGCAGCGAAGCAGGCGGCGGCGGCAGCGACGCAGACCAUCGCGGCAGCUCAGAAUGCGGCUGCGUCCAAUAAGAACCCAAUGUCACAUCAGCAGCUAGUGUUCAGUUGCAAGGCCGUAGCAGAUCAUAUUCCCCACCUGGUCCAGGGAAUGAGGGGCAGUCAGGCCCACCCGGAAGACCUCGGUGCUCAGCUGGCACUUAUCAUCGCUAGCCAGAGUUUUCUACAGCCCGGUAGUAAAAUGGUGACGUCGGCUAAAUCGGCCGUUCCAACGGUAGCCGACCAGGCAGCUGCGAUGCAACUCGGUCAGUGUGCCAAGAACCUUGCCACGUGCCUGGCAGAACUGCGGACAGCGGCGCAGAAGGCUCAUGAAGCGUGUGGUCCUUUAGAAAUCGACUCGGCGCUCAACGCCGUUCAGUCUCUUAAGAGCGAACUACAGGAUGCUAAAAUGGCUGCACUAGACGGGCAACUCAAACCAUUGCCUGGGGAAUCGCUAGAAAAGUGUGCCCAGGAUCUCGGGAGUAUGUCCAAGGCUGUGGGCUCUUCCAUGGCGCAACUCCUAACCUGUGCCGCCCAGGGCAAUGAGCAUUAUACAGGUGUAGCCGCGAGGGAAACCGCUCAGGCCCUGAGGUCGCUGGCCCAGGCGGCGAGAGGAGUGGCCGCAAGCAGUGUGGAGCUCCAGGCCGCCGCCGGCAUGCUGGACUCGGCCUGUCACGUGAUGGAGGGCUCAGCCAUGCUAAUCCACGAAGCCCACCAAGCCCUGGUGUGCCCUGGAGAUGCCGAGAGCCAGCAGAGACUAGCGCAGGUGGCGAAGGCCGUGUCUCACUCCCUCAAUAACUGCGUGAACUGCUUACCUGGACAGAAAGAUGUGGACAUGGCCCUCAGGAGCAUCGGAGAGGCCAGCAAGAAACUCCUGGUGGAAAAUCUUCCUCCUUGCUCCAAAUCCUUCCAAGAGGCGCAGACGGAUCUGAAUCACACGGCGGCCGAGUUGAACCACUCUGCUGGAGAUGUGGUGCAGUCAACCCGAGGAACCAGCAGUCAGCUGGCUGUGGCCUCCGGAAAGUUCAGCCAAGACUUUGAUGAGUUUCUAGAUGCUGGCAUUGAGAUGGCCGGACACACUCAGUCUAAAGACGACCAGAUCCAUGUAAUUGGCAACCUGAAGAACAUCUCUAUGGCAUCCAGCAAACUGCUGUUGGCUGCCAAGUCCCUCUCUGUAGAUCCAGGAGCCGCAAAUGCCAAGAAUCUCCUCGCAGCUGCAGCACGAGCAGUGACAGAGAGCAUUAAUCAGCUCAUCACACUGUGUACCCAGCAGGCACCAGGACAAAAAGAGUGUGACAAUGCUCUCAGAGAACUAGAGGCUGUUCGAGGAAUGCUGGACAAUCCCAAUGAGCCAGUCAGCGAUCUCUCCUACUUCGACUGCAUUGAAAGUGUUAUGGAGAAUUCCAAGGUUCUCGGAGAAGCUAUGGCUGGAAUCUCGCAGCAUUGCAAGACUGGAAACGUGCCAGCGUUCGGGGAUUGUGUGGGCGUGGCUUCAAAAGCACUGUGUGGGUUGACUGAGGCUGCGGGACAGGCCUCCUAUUUGGUUGGCGUGUCAGACCCCAAUAGCCAGUCCGGCCAUCAGGGAUUGGUCGAUCCCAUCCAGUUUGCUAGAGCCAAUCAGGCGAUUCAGAUGGCCUGCCAGAACCUGGUUGACCCAGCCAGCAGCCCCUCACAGGUUCUGUCAGCAGCUACCAUUGUUGCGAAACACACCUCGGCACUUUGCAACGCCUGCCGUCUAGCAUCUUCCAAAACAGCCAAUCCGGUGGCUAGAAGACAUUUUGUGCAGUCAGCCAAAGAGGUUGCCAAUACCACAGCUAACCUUGUCAAAACUAUAAAGGCUUUAGAUGGAGAUUUCUCCGAUGAGAACCGUGAAAGGUGCCGAGUGGCCACGACCCCGCUGAUUGAAGCCGUGGAUAAUCUCUCCACCUUUGCCUCCAACCCGGAGUUUGCAAGCAUUCCUGCACAGAUAAGCCAUGAGGGUUCAGCCGCGCAGGAGCCGAUCCUACGUUCUGCUCGUUCAAUGCUGGACAGCUCCACCCACCUGUUAGAGACCGCCCGCUCCCUCAUCAUCAACCCCAAAGACCCCCCCACAUGGUCCAUCCUGGCAGGCCACUCCCGCACUGUCUCAGACUCCAUCAAGGGCCUCAUCACGUCCAUCAGGGACAAGGCCCCUGGGCAACGAGAAUGUGACCAGUCCAUCGACUGCAUCAACAAGAGCAUCAGGGACAUUGAGCAGGUGUCCCUCGCUGCCGUAGGUCAAAGUCUGCCCCGCAGAGACGACAUCUCACUGGAGGCUUUGCAGGAGCAGCUGACCUCUGCUGUGCAGGAGAUCGGUCACCUCAUUGACCCUAUCUUUACUGCGGCACGAGGAGAAGCCGCUCAACUCGGACACAAGGUGACUCAGUUGGCGAGCUACUUCGAGCCGGUUAUCGUGGCAUCGGUGGGCCUGGCGUCUAAACAUGCUGACCACCAGCAACAGAUGAACAUAUUAGAUCAGACCAAAACCCUGUUUGAAUCGGCUCUACAGAUGCUCUAUGCUGCCAAAGAGGGCGGUGGAAAUCCUAAGGCUGCUCACACCCAUGAUGCCGUAGCUGAGGCGGCCCAGCUGAUGAAAGAGGCGGUUGAUGACAUCAUGGUGACUCUGAAUGAGGCAGCGAGUGAGGGGGGGAUGGUGGGCGGCAUGGUGGAAUCCAUCGCUGAGGCCAUCGGACGGAUGGAUGAAGGAACUCCGCCAGAGCCUGACGGCACUUUUGUGGAUUACCAGACCACCAUGGUGAAGUUUUCGAAAGCUAUCGCUAUAACCGCACAGGAAAUGAUGACAAAGUCUGUGACAUGUCCAGAAGAGCUGGGUGGGCUGGCGUCUCAGGUGACUGUGGAUUACAGCCAGCUGGCACAGCAAGGCCGUCUGGCAGCCGCCACCGCCGAGCCGGAGGAGGUGGGAUCCCAGAUCAAGUCCAGGGUUCAGGAGUUGGGUCACAGCUGUAUCUACCUGGUGCAGAAAGCUGGAGCUCUUCAGAUCAGCCCGACAGACAGCUUCACCAAGAGAGAGCUGAUCGAAUGCGCCCGCGGCGUCACUGAAAAGGUGUCCAUGGUGUUAUCAGCCCUGCAGGCCGGUAAUAAAGGAACUCAGGCCUGCAUAACUGCAGCCAGUUCUGUUUCCGGCAUCAUCGCAGAUCUGGACACAACCAUCAUGUUUGCUUCAGCUGGCACGCUCAAUGCUGAGAACGAAGAGUCCUUCGCUGACCACAGGGAGAACAUAUUGAAAACUGCAAAAGCUCUGGUUGAGGACACCAAGCUGCUCGUGUCUGGUGCUGCUUCGAGCCAGGACAAACUCGCCCAGGCGGCCCAGUCGUCUGCCAAAACCAUCACGCAGCUCACAGACGUAGUCAAGCUGGGCGCCGCGAGCAUGGGCUCAGAGGACCCGGAAACACAGGUGGUUCUGAUAAACGCAGUCAGAGACGUUGCUAAAGCUUUGGCAGAGCUGAUUAGCGCCACCAAAUGUGCCGCGGGCAAAGCAGCGGACGACCCGUCUAUGUACCAGCUGAAGAGUGCCGCCAAGGUAAUGGUGACGAACGUAACGUCUCUACUAAAGACUGUGAAAGCAGUGGAGGAUGAAGCCACUCGCGGGACGAGAGCAUUGGAAGCCACUAUCGAGUGCAUCAAACAGGAACUUACAGUUUUCCAGUCCAAGGACGUUCCGGAGAAAUCCACCACCCCGGAAGAGUUCAUCCGCAUGACCAAGGGCAUCACCAUAGCCACGGCCAAAGCUGUGGCAGCAGGCAACUCUGCCCAGCAGGAGGAUGUGAUAUCCACUGCCAACCUGAGUCGCAAAGCCCUCACUGACAUGCUCACCACCUGCAAGCAAGCCGCGUUCCACCCAGAAGUAUGCAAGGAUGUGAGGAAUAAAGCUCUUCUGUACGGUAUCGAGUGCACCACCGGAUACAUCGACCUGCUGGAACACGUUCUUCUCGUCCUGCAGAAACCAACAGCCGAACAGAAACAGCAGCUGAUCGCCCUUUCCAAAAAAGUGGCCAGCUCGGUCACAGAGCUCAUUCAGACCGCCGAAGCUAUGAAAGGUUCUGAGUGGGUGGACCCAGAAGACCCUACUGUGAUAGCAGAGACAGAGCUCCUGGGUGCCGCCGCGUCCAUCGAGGCCGCGGCCAAGAAACUAGAGCAGCUGAAGCCCAGAGCCAAACCAAAGCAAGCAGACGAGUCUCUGGACUUCGAGGAGCAGAUCCUGGAAGCGGCCAAGUCGAUCGCCGCGGCAACCAGCGCUCUGGUCAAAUCUGCAUCGGCUGCUCAGAGAGAACUCGUAGCACAGGGCAAGGUGGGCUCUAUCCCCGCCAAUGCAGUAGAUGACGGCCAGUGGUCCCAGGGUUUGAUAUCAGCUGCCCGGAUGGUUGCGGCAGCUACCAGUAACCUGUGUGAGGCUGCAAACGCUUCGGUUCAGGGUCACGCCAGCGAGGAGAAGUUGAUUUCUUCAGCCAAACAGGUGGCGGCCUCCACGGCUCAGCUGCUAGUGGCCUGUAAAGUCAAAGCUGAUCAGGACUCAGAGGCCAUGAGAAGACUGCAGGCUGCUGGGAACGCCGUCAAGCGGGCGUCUGACAACUUGGUGAAGGCGGCGCAGAAAGCAGCUUUCGAUAAAGCCGAAGACAACAGCGUCGUGGUUAAAACGAAAUUUGUGGGAGGAAUCGCUCAGAUUAUAGCGGCGCAGGAGGAGAUGCUCAGAAAAGAGAGAGAGUUAGAGGAAGCUCGCAAGAAACUCGCCCACAUCCGACAGCAGCAGUACAAAUUCCUGCCCAGCGAACUGCGGGAAGACCAGAGCUGAACCCGUCUUCUCCCAUCGGACGCGAUUAUCUGCCUGCUGCUAACGUUGAUUGGCCGUUCCUCACGUAGUGGAACAGUCUUACGUGAUUGGUUGUUUUGAUAGCUUAAGUUAAACGUGAUUGGCUCACGGCAGCAUGGGACUAGCACCACUGACUGGGCGUUUGGCUCACAGACGGCGGGCGUGUUUGUGCGCGAAUGGAUUUUCUCUUCCAUGGGUCUAAUCUGUUACGUUUGUCUCGUUUCGUUUGUCAUGUUUUAAAGUUUGAAGGACUUGUUAGAAGUUUUAUUUGUGGGUGCGUUUACGUUUUAUGUAUCCGUCGUAACUUCUAUACUUUAAUGAUAACUUACCAUAAGGUUCUAUACAAUGUCAUUAAGUCAUGAAUAUGUUUUUUGAAUGCAUCAACCGUCGUGAAAGCUAAAGCAGGCAGGCGGAAACUCUAGAAAAGUUUUGUUGUGGUGUAUGAGGUAUGGCGUCAUUAUAAGCUUUUAAAGAAUGCACUGCGCUUAUACAUAUCUCACACACAUACAGUAUAUUAAUUACGUUUUAGGUCACGUUAGGUUAUAAGUAGUUAUUUUAGGGAAAGAAUGUGCAAGGUGAGCUUUGUCGUAUUUAUUGAUAGAAGAAAUGUUAAAGAGUAGCUUAAAGCUUCUCACCGGUAGCUCUUCGCGUGCGCAGAUCUGUAAGUUAGACUGAUCAAAAUAAGCACGCUGUGAUAUUCAACUGACACUUCAUGCAAACCGUUGCAUCUGCAGAACAAAGGUGUGAAAGAUCUCGGUUACAACCACAGACCUGCAAAGGAACCGUAGCGUUGUCAUUUAGUUUGUUAUACGUUAUCUUCCAAACGUUGGACAACAGAAUGCUUUAUAGUCUGACAUCAGAGAUCGCUGGUAGGAGUGUUUCACAACAUGUUCCACAAUCAUUUGUGUUUCUAAACAUGGUCGGUGGGAAAUGAUUUUUGCCUGAACACAACGACAAUGUUUGGAAUAGCAUACUAUUGUAGCGUUCAUACGAUUUCUGCAUUGUGCGCACGAUAUGCAACUUUUCUGCAUGCAUGAAAAUACCAGAUGACCUUUUACAGUACAGUAUAUUUGCCAAAAACCUGCAGUAUACAACCAGAGCGCAUAGCUGGUAACACAAUAUCCCACAAUGCAGUGCGCUUAUUUUUUCGUUUCCAGUGUGACAAAUGAAUAGGAAGUAAUACCAUUUCUUAAUUUAACGACGUCAUUUCUAUUAUUUCAAUAAUGAUAUUGUCAAUAUUGUCAGUAAACAAUACAAGCGCAUAUACAAAUGAAAAUAGUAGGCAGUAUACAGUAUGCAUUGUGCAGUAUUAAGAAGUGUGCUAGUAUUCAUUUCUGGACAUGGCCAACAUCUCACUGUUCCUACAAGACACCAAAAGACUGGCAUUACAAAAUGUACCACGGUACGACUAUGGUAUUUUGGACUAUUAUGGUAGCACUACAUUGUUACAGUGUGUCUUACAGUGUAAGUGAAUAAAAUGUCAAGAAAGUCAAACUGUCAUAACCAGAAAGCAAUGCUAACACUAAACCAACUGUUAUGAAAGUACCAUAGUUUUACCAUGUUAUACCACACUAACAUCGCGUGUCUUUAUAAUUUGGUUCCUUUCUUAUUAAACUCCUUUCAAAUGGAUCCACUACAGAUCAACUUCAUGUUCGAGGUUGUACUUGCAUGGCUGGGAGACACAAACACACUACAAAAAAGCAUCUCAUCUGUAGCUUUGUAGGAUUAAAUGGCGUCAAUGAUCUUUCAAUGUACACUUACCUGCAAAUAACGCGCCUUUAUUCUGCUUCCCGUGAACUUUGUGUAUGUUUUUGGUCAGAACUUUUCUGCGUUACGUAGAAUAACGUGUGGCACUUAUGAGAGAUGAGCUACACUAUAUCGACUGUUGUGUUAACGCCCGGUUUCUCUUCAAAUCUGGACUGCAUUGUGUCAUAGUGCCUUAUUCUGGUAGCUCGGUGUGUAAAUUGCUGUUUUAUGCUGCUUGUGGACCAGAUUUCGCUCCACGGAUCUGAAGCUUGACUAUGUUAGCGUAACCUCCAAACUGGUCUCAGAUCAGCGCAGGAGUAUAAAACAUUGUCUGUUUUUAGAUGAGUGAAGCACAUGUUUAUUGUCCUGUUAUAACUAGCUUUGUAUGUGUACAGUACAGCAUUGUGGCGCUGCAUCGGACGUCCGUUGGGCGAUUAUUUGACGGUUAUUUGAUCCUGUUCUGCAAUAUUGUACCUACUGAGGCCUAAAGAUUGCCUUGGCAGGCCGCUAUACUGCCACAUGUAUGAAACUUUAGAUGUUUAGAUAUAUAUCUUCACGAAUUAACAAGCCACAGUAAUGAAUCAAAGGGAAAGACUGCGUUCAGUUGGUCCGGUAUAUUACAAUACAUCUCCCCCAAAAAGUGUUUUUCACUUUGAUAAACCACUAUGUAUGAAGUUUUGUUUCUUGUUUACUUUAUGUAAUAGCUAGAAUGAAGAUAUUUCAAUUUGUGGUUGAAAAUGUGGUGUCUUAUAGUGGAACCGAAGAAAACAGCAAGAACUAUCGCCUUUUGAAAUGUAGUUAGUGCUUUCUUUAAUCAACUGACAUAGUUACAUUAAUGAUAAUAUUAAUAAUAAUUAUGAACAUUAAAAAUGCUGUAUGUAUAUUUAUCUGGUCAUGAAAGUAUUUUUUGUAUUUCCCUGAAAAUAAAGAGUUUCAACGA